AUGCAGGCCUCCCUCAUGCUCCUCCAACUUCAACUGUACGCGUGCCUGAGCCUGGGCCCUGUGGCGCGGCAUCAAAGCAAGGACAAGGGCAGGGGCAAAGGCAAAGGCAAGGACAAGGGCAAGGAGAGCAGGGGCAGCAAGAAGGUGACGGUCAAGCUUCGGCCGCCGUCGGACGAGCGAGUGCGUGUCGUCGUCCGCUGCCGUCCGCUCGGCGAGAAGGAAGUGACGGACGGACGGAAUGUGGUGGUCGAAGUCGACUCGACGGCACGGACGGUAGCAGUGUACAAGCCUGACGGCGCCCGUGAUCCGCACAAGGUCUUCACUUUUGAUGCCACAUACGGGCCUGAUGCCACACAGCUCGGCAUCUACGAGGAGUCGGCCCGCCCCAUCAUCGAGGCUGCGCUCGGCGGUUACAACGGCACCAUUUUUGCGUACGGUCAGACUGGAACAGGAAAGACGUUCACCAUGGAGGGCGUGUUUGGCGACAAGGCCCUCCGCGGCAUCAUCCCCAACGCCUUUCACCACAUCUUCCAGCACAUCGGCGACUCGGUCGACCAGCAGUACCUUGUCCGCGCCUCGUACCUCGAGAUCUACAACGAGGACAUCCGCGACCUGCUCUCCAAGAACUACACCCGCAAGCUCGCGCUCAAGGAGCAUCCCGACUCGGGCGUGUACGUCAAGGACCUCUCGGCCUUUGUCGUCAAGUCGUUCACCGAGAUCGAGCGGGUCAUGGCCGCAGGCAAGAAGCACCGCGUCACCGGCGCCACCAACAUGAAUGCGCAGUCAUCGCGCUCGCACUCGGUCUUCACCAUCACCAUCGAGUGCUCCGAGCUCGGGCCCGACGGCGACACCCAUGUCCGGGUCGGCAAGCUCAACCUCGUCGAUCUUGCCGGUUCCGAGCGCCAGUCCAAGACCGGUGCCGCCGGUGACCGCCUCAAGGAGGGUAUCAACAUCAACGUCUCGCUCUCGUGCCUCGGCAACGUCAUCGCCGCGCUGGCUGACGGCAAGACCCGCCACAUCCCCUACCGUGACUCCAAGCUCACCCGCCUUCUGCAGGACUCACUCGGUGGCAACUCCAAGACGGUCAUGAUGGCCAACGUCGGGCCGGCAGACUACAACUUUGAGGAGACCAUGUCGACUCUCCGCUGGGCCAACCGCGCGAAAAACAUCAAGAACAAGCCCAAAAUCAAUGAGGAUCCCAAGGAUGCUAUGCUCCGCCAGUUCCAGGAGGAAAUCGAGGCGCUCAAGGCCCAGCUCUCGCAGCACGGCGUGGUACCCGAUGGCGGGGACAGCGCCGCAGCGGCGUCGGGCGGCAUUGACGUCUCGCAGGCCCGCAUUCAGGAGAUGCAGGCCCAGCUGGAGGCCGAAAAGGCCCGCCUUGCCGCCGACCGCGACAUGGUCGACUCUGAGAAGGCCAAGAUCGCCGCUGAGCUCGAGGCCCGCGCCGUCCUCCUCGAGGACGAGCGCAAGGAGCAGGAGGCGCUCGCCGCCCGCCUCGCCGCCAUGCAGGAUAAGGUCCUCUCCGGCGGCACCGAAGGCCUUAUCGACCUCAAAGAAAAGCAGGAGCGCGAGCUGGAGGAGCAGCGCCUGCGCCUCGAACGGCAAGCCCGCGAGGAAGAGCGUCUCAAGAAAGAGCUCGAGGCCCAGGCCGAGGAGGCCGAGCUGAGCAAGAAGAAGUUCUCAUCGCUCGAGGAGGAGGCCGCCAUCAAGACCCGCAAGCUCAAGAAGCUCUGGUCCAAGCUGCAGAACGCAAAGGGCGAGCUCUCGUCUCUCGAGGAAGAGCACGCCAUCGAUCGCCUCGAACUCAUGGAGGAGAUCCGAACCCAGAACGACGAGCUCAAGCUCUUCCGCUGCAUCAUCAACAACUUUGUUCCUCCCACAGAGGCCCACAAGGUCCAGCAGCGGGCGCUCUGGGAUGACGACGCCGACGACUAUGUCCUCAAGCCCGUCGACGUCACCUUUGACCGCGAGCUCAAGCGGCCGGCCGCGCGUCCCGGCGAGAAGCGCCCGCUUCCUGACUAUGCCCUCCGUGCCCUCCAGCAAGGUGCCACCAAUCCGCGCUUCCGCGUCGAGAACAUUCUCCAGAUGGAGCUUGCCAUGCCCAAGCGGACAACCGUCGACUACGUUGGCUCCUCCGUCCCGGACACCAUCCAGGACGCCCUCGAUCAGGCCUUGGCCGGCGAAGACGAGCUCGAGCUCCGCGCCACCGAAGCCCUUCCCAGCCUGUAG